GCCCUGCGUUGCAGGGUGGCGGGCAGGAAGGGAGUCGGCGCAGCGCGUUGCAUUGCGAGCGCCGUUGGUGUCGCCAUGGGAGCGGAGCAGAGCGCGGAGGCCGAGAGCCGCCCGGGCGAGCCCAGCGCCUCAGCAUCUCCAUCCCCAGCUAAACAACGAGCAAAAAUGGAUGACAUUGUGGUGGUAGCCCCAGGAACGCAGUCUUCACGGAACGUGAGCAAUGAUCCAGAUGUCAUAAAACUGCAGGAAAUUCCGACGUUCCAGCCCCUUUUAAAAGGACUCCUCAGUGGGCAGACGUCUCCAUCCAACACCAAGCUAGAGAAGCUGGAUCCACAUCAAGUGCUGCAGCUGUGUCUCCGGUACCAGGACCAUCUUCACCAGUGCGCAGAGGCUGUUGCCUUUGACCAGAAUGCUUUGGUGAAGCGCAUCAAAGAGAUGGACCUCUCAGUGGAAACUCUUUACAGCUUCAUGCAGGAGCGACAGAAGAAGUACGCCAAGUAUGCGGAGCAGAUCCAGAAGGUCAACGAGAUGUCUGCCAUCCUCCGCCGUAUUCAGAUGGGCAUUGACCAGACUGUCCCGCUGAUGGAGAGGUUGAACAGCAUGCUGCCUGAGAAUGAGCAGCUGGAGCCCUUCAGCAUGAAACCUGACCGGGAGAUAAAGUCCUAGCUGCUCCAGCUCCCUCCACCGCCUGCACCCCAGUGCUUGGCACAGGAGUGCCUCCAGACUGGCCGGAGUGGACAGCCGUGUUGUCUGACUUUCUGUUAGGGCACCAGAGGAGGAACAGCCCCAGCUGCCAGGGCUGUGUAGCCAGAAAUCCAGGAGCUCCCCUGGUCUCAUUGUUUGGAGAGGAACACUUUAACUGUGCUUUCAUCUCUCUCUACCUGCCCUGCUCUCUCCUCUUCCGCUGCCACCACCUGUGCUGAGAUGUUUGUUUCGUUGCUGUAACUAGAUGUGGGUUUCAGAGGAGUUCAUUCAUCCAUUCUUUUUACUAGAAGAAUUCAAUAGGAUAUGGGGUCUGACAAACCCUCUAGUAUGCUUUCUGUGCUGCUAGGGUUUAGAGAAUUAGAUGGCUGGCAAGUAUUUUUGAGAUCCUCUGCCCUUGGAAAUAUGUAUGUUUCAUAGGUGAAAGUGUGGGAUCCAGGAACUGGCUUAUUAAAAUCUGCCUAUUAUCAUAAUUAACACAGUUUGCAUGGCAGGAUUUUGGCAUGUCCUUUCUUGAGGCUCUUUGUUUUUAUGGACUCAUUCAUUUAAUGAGGCUGUGAAGGAAUAACUGCUACAGAUAUGUCUGUUAUUGCUGAGCAGCUUUAAUGUUUUUCUCCCCUUGUCCUGGCAGCAUCCUGUGCCCUAGCUGAUGGCUGUUCAUGUCCCUUACUUUGCAGUGCAGUUCUAACAGAUGCUGGUACCUGCCUAUUUACUUGGCACCCCAAAGUUGGAUACAAGGGAUCGGAUCUUGUGUAUUUUUUUAUUUAUUGGUGCUCUUUUAUACCAGAGGGAUGCAGUUGGAGGGGAGACUUGAGAAGUCCUUCCGACUCCGUGCUGGCUGAACUGCCAUCAUGCUGAGAGCUUGCCUGAGCGUGGUGUUUUAUGACUAAAACCACACGGCCCUUUGGGAUCAUGCUCUGCAAACUGCUCCAAAGGCAACAGGAUGUUCCUGCGUUCCUGUGAACUGAGCCCCAGCUGGACAGUCCACAGCCUGCUCAUGGGGCCGAGGCACUGCUCUGGGACUUGGGGAACUGCAGACUGCCAAGUCUGCUACUGGGCUGCUGCCACAGGCUUUGGUUUCUCUCCGUAUAAAAUGGGAUAUUUUACACACUGUUGUGAAAUAUUUACACAUCUAGAAACGGUGUUCAAGCAGCCUGCACUGCAAUUGCACAGCAGCUCUUAUCCCAGCAGAAAGAGCCUGAAAGCAGAAGCAGGAAGCCUCGGGCUUGCUGGGCCAGUGGUAGGUUUGUGUUCAUUACAGACCUCCCAGAAUGCUGUUGCUGGUGAGGAGGCUGAACUUGAAUGGUUGUUUUAUUUCAGAGGUGGUCAUCCCAGACUUCGAGGGAAUCCCUGCCACAACCCGUCUGUCAGUACAGGCUUUGGGACUUCCUGGAAUAGCUCGUAGCGUAUGAGUGUACCUAAUCAGCAAAAGAUUGUCUCCAGACAUUCGAGUGUGACAGCAUCAUAGGUUUCUGAUAGUGUAUAUGGCUCCUGGAGGCAGUGAGCAACAGGCUGCUAGUUUUGCUUCAUUACCAGAGGCCACAUAGCCCUUUUUGUAAUGCAUGCUGCAGCCAGCACAGGUCUGUGUUUGAAACAUAACUGUGGGGGAUUGUGAGCAUUGCUGAGAAUGGAGUACCGUAGCUGUGAGGCCCUCUGGACCGUGCCUGGUGAAGAACUAUUGGCAAAGAUGUGAACAGAAUAUCUUCUGAGAAGGGCAGCAGUGAGCCCAUUUCUUUACUGCUCUCACUGUGGAGUUGGUGCAUAGUUGUGCAUACAUAGUAUAACGAUGUGAAGAGCAGACUCCCACCUAUGCUCUUGUGUUUUGCAGUAUUUUACGUUUGGUUUGUUUAAAAAAAAAAAAAAAGUUGAUGCUUACAGGAGCAACCUGUGACAACCUGCUUCCCAUGGUCAUGCCAAGAGUAUCCUUACCAUCCUUCCUGGAGAUAUUCUCUGCCACCAGACAUGGUUCAGCAGUCAGUAACUUGAAAUAGCUGUGCAGGCAUUCUGUCCUCCUUGUCCAGAUCAAGCUGCUUGGAAGUGCAUAAAGUGUAGCAUUCAGCUGCUGUCUCCAUCCAGUGUUAGGUUCCCUGUGCCCUGGAGCGCAGGCAGCUUAGGCCAGGAGUAGAUCUAGAUACCAGAUCUGCCAGCAGGGGCAAGGUUGUGGAUGCUCACUGAUGUAAAGCUUUGGACGUUUUCCUUACACUGUAAUGCAUCAGAUGAAAGCGUUGUUCCUUGCAGUGCUGAUGCAGAUGAGAGAAUAGUGCUCCUGUCCGGAACGUAAAGGAGCAAGGGCUGCAAAUUGGUUUCUUAUUUGCCUACCUAUUGGGCUGAUAAUGGGAGAAAAUGUGUACUCCUAUGCGCUUACUGCCUUUUAAGCUUCUGGGUACACUGCUGGGUCUCCCAGCUAGUGACUCCUGAACAGCAAGGGUAAAUUGUAAUAGAUAUUAUAACUUAACUAGAAGGAAAUCAGGAUUGAAAUGUCAGCCUCUUCCAAAGAACACAGGUCCAUCACUUCCAUUCGACAGAUGUCAUACAUGUCCUGCAGAAUUCCCAUAUCCUCUGUUCUUAAGGGAUGGCUAACAGUUCUAUUUAAAGCAUCAUCAGUAGCUUUAUCACCAUCAUUCUUAGACCUCUUGCUGAAGGGAAGCCCUUUUCUGCUGCAUGUUGCUGUUCUUGGCUGCCCCGUGCUUUGCUCCAUGUGCUGCUUUUGAAUUCACUUUAGGAGUGGGUGAUGCUCAAGGUGAGACUUUGCUUUACUCUCUCACUCCGUGCAGCAGGGAUGUGAGAUGUGACUAUGACUGUUCUGCCUACGCGUUUCCUUUCCCGAGCCAGUCAGUAGUGGAGAAAACUUGGGUCUCUCUUGUAACCGUACUGCUACUUUUAACACAGAGGACAGAUUGUUAGUGUUUUGAACAGAAUUAUCUGUCGCAGUCCUCUCAAAAGAAGCAUUUCUUCCCAUUUCUGGUUGUGAUGGGAAAUGAAACUCAUGCGAGGCAGAUGUGGACAAAGCCUGCUGGUGUAAAACCUGAAAAGCUGGAGAGUGAAGUGAGGCCCUGGGCUGUGUUUCUUCAGGGGCCUGAGCUGCUCCAAUUCCUUUGCUGCCUUGUGUGCUUGUGGCACAAAAUGCUGCGGCACUGUAUAAUACUGCACUGGAGGAAGUGGUUUCCUUUGCUAACUUUUGUCUUUUCUCUAAUUUAAUGCAUUGUCAGGGUGCUGAAGUACCAACCUAUCUGCUGGUCAGUUUCUGUGAAAAUCCAGUGAAGGGGACAGAAAAUUUGUUGUUGUUGUUGUUUUUAAUAAAUGUAUUUUAAAUUAUAUAUAUUUAAAUAUAUUUAAAUAUUUAAAAGGUCUGUCCCCUCCUCUAGGCUUUUACACAGAGUGAGCAGAAAUAGGCACAUCCACAGGCCCUUUGCCCUAUCGGCUGGCAUUCCACUGGUAUUGUGCAGCAGUGCUGUACCUUCCCUCUGCAUCCUGUGCUGCCGGCGUGUGAUCUGACUGUGAGCCUUGUGCUCCAGUGCCCCUUGGUCUGUGCAUUAUCAUCCUCUUCACUGACUUGCUCUGUAUACAGCUGCAUGUGUGCUAUAUGUUCCAGCUCCAACAUUAAAAUGUUUGGUACUGCUCUUU